AUGUUUCCUAUAAGAAAACAAUUGUCUGGAGCAGAAAAAAGGAAGAAAAAACAAAAGGAAGAAGCUUUAAUUCAAAGCCAAGUAGGAAGUCUUAAUAAGUACUUCACUAACAGCCAAAAAGCAGAGCAAACAGAAGUAGCUGAACAACUGAAUCAGGAUGACACUGAUAAUAAGCUGAAUGAUCAGAAACAUAGUGAAUUGAAUGAACUUCAAAAUGAAGACCAAAAACAAUAUGGAAAUGAUAAAGUUGAAGUCAAUAUGCCUGAAAAUAACAGUGAUGAAGAUACAAAUCAAGAGAUCGUGUUCCCUUUAAAUGUUGAUGAUCCAGGAAAUUGGGACAAAAUGCAAAAUAUUAGGGAUUUUCUAGUUGAAAGAGGUCCUAGAAAAGAUGAUGAUAUUUUGUUUCCUCUUGAUAACACCGGCAGACACUUCAAUCCAUCACAUUAUAAGAGGCAAUUGCCAAAUGGCGAGAAAAGUGACAAAAGAUGGCUAGUGUAUUCUAUUUCUAUGGACAAGAUCUUUUGUUUCUGUUGCAAGUUAUUCAAGACUCAAAGAACCACAAUGAAACUUGGUCAUCUAGCUGACGAAGGAUACAAAGAUUGGAAGAAUAUCAGUCGAUGUCUCAGUCUUCAUGAAACUAGUAAAGAUCAUAUUGAUUGCAUGACUAGUUGGAUUGAAUUAGAAAGAAGACUUCGAAAGAAAAAGACAAUUGAUGAAAAUAUACAAGUAGCAAUUAACAAGGAGAGAGAACAUUGGAAACAAGUAUUGAAGAGAAUAAUUGCAGUUGUGCAAAGAAUUGCGAAGAAUAACUUGCCACUUCGGGGAGAUAAUGAGAAGCUUUAUGUUGAGAAUAAUGGAAUCUUUUUGCAGCUAAUUGAAAUGAUUGCUGAAUUUAAUCCAAUAAUGGAGGAGCACCUUCGGCGUGUUCAAGAAAGACAGAUUCAUUACACUUAUCUUGGUCCCAAAAUCCAAAAUGAAUUGAUACAGAUGUUGGCGGCUGAAGUAAGAAGUUCAAUUGUUGCAAAAAUUAAACAUGCAAAGUAUUUCACUGUCAUACUUGAUUGCACUCCAAAUGCAAGUCACGAGGAGCAGAUGCCCCUUGUAAUUAGAUGUGUGGAUGAUUCAGAAAAUGCAAUAGUGGUUGAAGAAUUUUGGAUUGGAUUUUUGAAAGUUAAUGAAACUUCAGGACUUGGGCUUUUUACAGAGCUUAAAAAUAUUUUGAACAAUCUCGAACUUGACAUUGAUAAUAUAAGAGGUCAAGGAUAUGACAAUGGAUCUAAUAUGAAAGGAAAACAUAAGGGUGUACAGAUCAAGCCACUAUCACAGAUACGAUGGGAAAGCCAUGUUGACAGCGUGAAGCCGAUAAAAGAUCAAACUUCGAAAAUACGAGAUGCUUUAAUUGAUUUGGCAAACAUUUCUGAUGACUCAAAAAUAAAGAGUGAAGCUGAGGGUUUGACAUCAUUUGAACUUGAGAAUUUUGAGUUCGUAUUUGGAAUGGUAAUUUGGUAUAAGUUGUUAUAUGAGAUUAACAUUGUUAGUAAGUUUCUCCAAGCAGAAAAUAUGGAUAUUGAUAUUGCUAUUAGACAAUUAAAAGGACUUAUUUCUUCUCUCCAAGAGUUUAGAGAAUCUGGAUUUGAUCAAGCAUUAAUUGAAGCUGAACAUAUUGCAAGUGAAAUGGGAAUUGAACCUAUUUUUCGAGAAAAACGCAUCAUCCGAAGAAAGAGACAAUUUGAUGAGAUCAAUAGUGAAGAGGUAACCCAAUCUCCUAAAGAAUCUUUUCGAGUUAAUUACUUCCUAUUUAUAAUUGAUCAAGCUCUUUCUUCACUUCAAACUCGGUUUGAACAAUUUCAAAAAUAUGAAGAAACAUUUGGAUUUUUAUUUAGUUUAGAGAGAUUGAAGUAUAUUGAUGAUGAUAGUCUCUUACACUCAUGUGUCAAUCUUCAAGAGUCUUUAACACAUGAUGGACACUCUGAUGUUGAUGGAUCAGAUUUAUAUUUAGAACUAAAGUUGUUAAGACACUCAUUACCAAGAGAAUCAAAAAGAGCGAUUGAUGUGCUGAAUUAUUUGAAGAAAAUGGAUAGUUGUUAUCCAAAUGCUUAUAUUGCUUAUCGAAUUUUGCUGACUAUACCAGUUACAGUUGCAUCUGCUGAAAGGAGUUUUUCCAAGUUGAAAUUGAUCAAAACUUAUCUCCGAUCAACUAUGUCGCAAGAAAGACUAAAUGGCUUGGCUAUGUUAUCUAUCGAGAAAAAAGUGGUUGAGAAAGUUGAUUAUGCUAACUUAAUCAAUACUUUUGCUUCUAAAACUGCGAGGUGA